AAUUGCCGGCUGGUGUUAUCACUCUGCUCCUCAGCUCGUCGCCAGUGUGUAGCUUCCAAAACAUGGCGGCCCUCAAAACCCUGUGCAGAGCGGAGACUUUAUUCUUCAGAAACCUAUCUGGCCCCCGCAGAACCAAAUUAAACUUCACUCAACACACACUGAGCAAGACCUGUGGGUGCUACUUUUCCACCUCCAACCAGAGAAGUUCACAGUUUUACUCCAAUCCUGCAGAUGCAGUGAAAGACAUCCCCAGUGGAGCUACCAUACUGGUGGGGGGCUUUGGAUUGUGUGGUAUCCCAGAGAAUCUUAUCAACAGUUUACUGAAGACCGGAGUGAAGGGUCUCACUGCCGUCAGCAACAAUGCAGGAGUGGAUAACUUUGGCCUGGGCCUGCUCCUUCAGACUAAGCAGAUCAAGAGGAUGAUCUCCUCAUAUGUCGGGGAGAAUGCAGAGUUUGAGCGACAGUAUCUGGCAGGGGAGUUGGAGGUGGAACUGACACCACAGGGUACUCUGGCAGAAAGGAUCAGGGCUGGGGGUGCUGGGAUUCCAGCCUUCUUCACAGCCACAGGCUAUGGCACACUGAUCCAAGAGGGAGGUUCUCCUAUCAAAUACAACAAAGAUGGCAGCAUUGCCAUUGCCAGCGAGAAGAGACAGGUGCAGGAGUUCAAUGGCAGGCACUACAUCAUGGAAAAGGCUAUUACUGGAGACUUUGCUCUGGUCAAGGCAUGGAAGGCUGACAAGGCUGGAAACAUUGUUUUCAGGAAAACAGCCAGAAACUUCAACCAGCCCAUGUGCAAGGCAGCCAAAACCACCAUAGUUGAGGUGGAGGAAGUGGUUGAUGUUGGGACAUUUGCUGAAGAGGACAUCCACAUACCCAGCAUCUAUGUCCACAGGGUUGUCCAGGGACCAAGCUACGAAAAAAGAAUUGAGAAACGCACAGUAAGGAAAAGCCAACAAGAGAAGCCCAAACCAAAGAAGGACUCUGAUAUUGUUCGGGAAAGGAUCAUUCGCCGUGCUGCGCUGGAGUUUGAGGAUGGGAUGUAUGCUAACCUUGGUAUUGGUAUCCCCAUGCUGGCCAGCAACUUUAUAAAACCAGACAUCACGGUACACCUCCAAAGUGAGAAUGGAAUUUUGGGACUGGGCCCUUACCCCGUGGAGGAGGCAGUGGAUGCAGACCUGAUUAAUGCUGGGAAGGAGACUGUCACCGUGCUCCCUGGGGCUGCCUAUUUCUCCAGCGAUGAGUCAUUUGCCAUGAUCAGAGGGGGUCAUAUCAACCUGACAAUGCUGGGAGCCAUGCAGGUGUCAAAACACGGAGACUUAGCCAACUGGAUGAUCCCAGGUAAGAUGGUGAAGGGAAUGGGAGGAGCCAUGGAUUUGGUGGCCAGCGCCGGAACCAAGGUGGUGGUCACCAUGGAGCACUCAGCUAAGGGAGGAAAACACAAGAUAUUGGACAAAUGCAGCCUGCCUUUGACAGGAAAGCAGUGUGUGGAUCGGAUCAUCACAGAAAAGGCUGUGUUUGAUGUUGAUAAGACAAAAGGCCUGACUCUGAUAGAAGUUUGGGAGGGACUCACUCCUGAGGAUAUCAAGGCAUGCACUGGCACACAUUUUGAGGUGUCACCCAACCUGAGAGCCAUGCAGCAAAUCUAGAAGGGCAUGCAACGGAUAUGAAAGGGGUUUUUCAGUUUGUGUCAUUUCAUUUGUCUGAUAAACAGCCGCUCAUUUAGUAACACGAGACAGGUAAAAUAAGCUUACAAAACACAAAUGUUCAGGUUCAGGUACUUGGUAAUCAGCAUCAAGCAAUCAGAAGGAUUUAGUCACCACUAAUAUUAACUGAAUGUGAUGUAAAGGUUCCAACAUGCACGGUUAUUUUUGAUCUGACAAACAAUCGGGGAACAUUACAUUGUUGCCUAUUAAACCACUGAGUUAUUGAUUUUCACUUCUGUUUGUACAGCUAUUGCCAAAUAAUGCCUCUGAAAAUAACAUUUAAAACAGGUAUUAUUCUCUAUAUGUUCUCUAAAAUAAAUGCAACUUUGCUAGUACUAUGAACAAAAAAUGAUAGAAAAACUUAACAAAUACUUCAUCUUGUAAAUCAUAUUUACUGCAAUAUCAAUAUGUUACUGUAACAAGGUAAAGGGAGCUGAAAUGUUUUGAACUUAGAAAACAAAUGUAGGUCAGGUGAAUCCUCAUUAAGCACCGAAGGAAAUGUGUAUGUAGUUACGUAAACUUGUGCUACACCAAGUAAUAAAAAGUACUUGGAUUGGACAUCUAAUAUUAGAUAUAUUUUUGUGUUGUUUUUCAUUUGGAAAAGUAAGGUAGAUGUAGUUAAAACAUCUGAAGCAUGUUUUAAUAAUCACCUCUGCCACAAUGUCAAACUGUUUGAACUAUGUCUGUCUUUCUUCUCUCAGCCUCAGAAAUUUCAGUCGGAAGGCAUACCAUACAUUUCAGAAAAUAUGAAGCCUUAACAUUUUUUUACUCAGAAAUGUGCUCUUCCCCUGCCUUUGUACAUACAAUAAAAUACAACCUUGUGUGCUGAGUGGAACAAGCAGAAUUUUA